AUGGAAAACACAUGACUCUCCCUCUCGGCCUCUCGUCACAGAAAAUAAUUGUUCUUUCUUGUUUGCAACUUGCAAGUUAUCUUAUCGAGUCACCGGUUGGUUUUGAUCGGCUACCAAGUAUCGAUUAAUUGAACUAAUUCGGACUCGGGAAUCUUCGCAACCGACAGUUAUCUUCUAUUCAGUUCCUAAUGCAAACUGCGUGUCGCUUCACCUCCUCCAUUCUUCUUCCUGUCAUCAGCAGAAAUUUCAACAAGUCUAUCCACUUAUCUGCCAUCAUGCCCAUUAAGGUUGGAGAUAAACUUCCCAGUGUCGACCUGUUUGAAGGGACCCCGGCUAACAAGGUCAACAUUAGCGACGCGACAAAGGGAAAGAAGGUGAUCAUCUUCGGUGUUCCUGGAAGUUUUACUCCAGGAUGCUCCAAGACCCAUUUACCAGGAUAUGUCCAGCAAGUCGAAGAAAUCCGAGGGAAGGGUAUAAGCGAUAUCAUUUGCGUCUCUGUUAACGACCCGUUCGUUCAUUCCGCCUGGGGUGAUGCACACAAGGCAGAGGGGAAAGUUCAAAUGUUAGCUGAUCCUCGUGCAGAGUUCACCAAAGCAAUUGAACUAGACAUUGACUUGACUGGCGUUUUGGGAACGGUUCGCUCCAAACGGUACGCCAUGCUUGUCGACGAUGGGGUGGUGAAGGCACUAGAAGUUGAGCCGGAUGGGACUGGCCUCACUUGUUCAGUCUCCAAUAGCUUCAUCAAAAAGUUGUAAACGGUCAACGUCAAGAUGUUUCAGAGCGACUUGUCAUCCUCUCGCUUGAUGUGGAAUACUAGAAAUCUUGUCUUACUUAUAAAAUCCAACUGAUAGAAGGAAUAAUAUUAAUAAAAUUGUUAGGACUAUUAAUAAUAGAGAAAAUA